GUGGCGUCGCCUGCCAACAGUGCCGAGCUCCUCAACCUCGUCGACUACAACAUUGCCCAGCUCAUUGCCGACAUGCAAGCGGUCGCAAAAGACGGCAUGAACGAGACGCUGCGCGCGAGCAUCCAGCGCAACAUGGAGCAGGCCAACGCGCUCGCGCUCAACAAGCUCCAAGGCAGCGACGAAAUGCUGCACGAGAUUGGCACGGUCACCAAGCCAUCCAAGCUCGAGGCGUUUGACCCAGCGCAGGGCAUUGACAUCGCCAACGGUGUUCAGAACGCAGUCCAGAACGUCCUGUCGCUCUUGGACCCGAACCCGAAGGUGUGCAUGCGCCUCGCCGAAGGCCGUGGCUUUGGAAAGCUCGUCCAGACCAAGUGCUUGGACGGCGAAGAGUCGUGGGGCGCGCUCUGCUACCCGAAAUGCAAGGAUGGCUACGAGAAGGUCGGCUGCUGCCUCUGCCGCAAGAAGGGCUGCAGCGGUGUGGAAGGCGUCCAUGACAUUGGCAUCUCGUGCACCAAGCCCAAGGCGUACGGCCGCGGCGUGGGCUACACACUUUGGCACCAGGACAAGUGCAUCCGUGAAAACCCCCAGGGCUGCGAGAAGCACCUCCUCAUGUGGUACCCCAAGUGCAAGCCGGGUUACCACAACUUUGGCUGCUGCCUCUGCACGCCCGACUGCCCUGCGGGCACCCACGACGACGGCGCGUUCUGCCGCAAGGACCACUAUGGCCGCGGUAUUGGCAAAGCCCGUCUCGGCUGCGACGACGGCUUGGACAAGAGUGGUCUCUUUUGCUACCCGCCGUGCCAACGCAACCAGAAUGGUCUUGGCCCGCUCUGCUGGCCCAAGUGCUCAGGGCCGACGCCGUUCCAGUGCGGCUUCUUCUGCACGUCGACAAGUGCGACGUGUGCGUCCAGUGCCGUCGAGAUUGCGGGCAGCGCGACCAAGAUUGCGCUCAGUAUCGUGGCGGAAAACUACGUCGGCGCGGUCAAAGAAACCGUCAAGGCCGGCUACAAGCUCAUUACAAUGGACAAGUGCCCCAAGUAA